AUCCUUUAACUUUUUGUCUGAAAAUAAAAUAUACGUUUUUCUUAACUGCGUUACCCACUCCAGUCAGCAGAUGGCGGUCUGCGACUUUAAGGCAAUGCUGCUACCGUGACGUAUAAUCUAGUGGACGGAACGCUUCUUUCAACAGCAGCAACAGACAGUCAGCAACCUCGGUAGCUUGCUAGCCAAAAUAGCCGAACCAAUAAAGCUCUUUAGACGCUUUAGUGUAUAUUAGCCACUGUGUUUUAAACCCUCGUCUGUCGUCUAGUUAGUUGUCGAUUUAAUUUCAUAUUUACGGUGUUGUAGUUAUUAGUCAGUUAGCGGGCUGGUUAAGUUAGCAUUAGCCUAGCUAACAUCCCCGACCAUGCGGUCACUAAGCUACUCUCCUAAAGAAGAGGAGAUCUGCUGGACGAAGAAAGAGGUUAUGUGGCUAAACAUUGUCGUGAAAGAGGAGGGAGAGGAUGUCAAAAUACAAAAACAGGUAGACGGUGAGGCUGUUACAGUGAAAGAAGAAGAGAAAGACGUUUCAGUGAAAGAAGAGGAAGAUGCGUUCAGAGUGAAAGAGGAGGAGGAUGUUACAGUGAAAGAGGAGGAGAAAGAGGAAGAUUCUGUUUUUGGAGUGAAAGAGGAGGAGGGGGAGGAUGAAGAUGAGGAAACUGGAUAUCUGGGCUCGGUUUCCCAAACGCAUCUUAAGGCAUCCAAUGGGUCUAACGAUGAACGGGCCCUGAUUAACACUAGAGAGAGAUGUGACUAUUGUGGAUCCUCUGGGCAGCCUCAACAACCUCAUGAUGCUGAGGAGGCAGAGAAGAGUCUCUCAAAGUUGAAACACCAGCAGAGAACCACAGGGAAGAAAUCUCAUUGCUGCUCUGACUGUGGGAAAGGUUGCACAUCUUCAUCAGAACUUAAAAUACACCAGAGAACACACACAGGAGAGAAACCUUAUAGCUGUGAUCAAUGUGGGAUGAGUUUUACUACAUCAAGCCAUCUGAUUCGACACCAGAGAACACACACAGGAGAGAAACCUUAUAGCUGUGAUCAAUGUGAGAAGAGUUUUACUACAUCUUGCUAUCUGACUGUACACCAGAGAACACACACAGGAGAGAAGCCUUAUAUCUGUGAUCAAUGUGGGAAGAGUUUUCCUACAUCUAGCCAGCUGACUUCACACCAGAGAACACACACAGGAGAGAAACCUUAUAGCUGUGAUCAAUGUGGGAUGAGUUUUACUACAUCAACCCAUCUGAUUCGACACCAGAGAACACACACAGGAGAGAAACCUCAUAGCUGUGAUCAAUGUGACAAGAGAUACUCUGAUAAAAGAUCUCUGAUCAAACAUCAGAAAAUACAUACAUGAAGAAGUUGUUUCAUGAUAUCAAUGAAAUAAUGUCACAAUGUAGAAUGUUUUAACAUUGUAGUAGGAGUAUUUUAAUGAUGUCACAAUGUAGAAUGUUUUAACAUUGUAGUAUGGGUAUUUUAAUGAUGUCACAAUGUAGAAUGUUUUAACAUUGUAGUAGGAGUAUUUUAAUGAUGUCACAAUGUGGAAUGUUUCAACAUUGUAGUAUGGGUAUUUUAAUGAUGUCACAAUAUAGAAUGUUUUAACAUUGUAGUAGGAGUAUUUUAAUGAUUAUCCUAAUCGUUUGCCCUGUUCAAUUGAUUGCAGCAUGAGAUGGAUAUUAGCCUCAGGGAAAAUCCAGGCUCUGAAUUGAAAGAGUAUUAUUUAACAAAAAGUGACUAACAAAAAAAGAGCUGUGUUACACUUACUGCGUUGGUGACCCACUUUAAUCAAAAUGCAGCACUUCAAAUGUAGCUAGAUGUUUUCUACAAGUUGAAAAAGCUGCUUGUUUAAAAAAAUACAUGUAAUAUGAUAAUUGUUGCAGAUGUUUGUGUAUAUACACACAUGAAAGCAGUAUGAUAAUUUGGUCUAUAAUCAAUUUUAUUAACAAUCUGACAUCACUCCAGUAUUUGUUGACAACAUUCAAAUGCUAAUUGUCUUUAGUCCACUACUGAAGAAGCAUGACUCAAAUCACCUCAUAUUUCAAACAUUCAGCCUGACAAAAGAUACAUGUUUUAUUAUUCCAUGCCUCACCAUUAAGUUAAUUAUUGCCACUACAUAUUAACUAAGGGGUGUCCAUUUGGUUUUGAUUUUCAUAUUUACAAUUAAGUAACAUUUAGUAAUCAUAAUUAUUUAUGCAACCAGCUGAACAUUUUUGUGUACAAUUAUAUUGACAAUGUUGCCCUGCUUUUAGAAUAUCAGGAUUCAUUCUCAGAUGUGCUAACCCAAAUGCAUGACAUUGGGGACUGGGCCCCGAUCCAACAACAUGCCUAUCGAGUGAACCCUGAAAAGAGAGAGAUUCUCCGCAGUGAGGUGGAAAGUUACUACGGAUAUUGCAGGUGUUGGUUGCUGAUUGUCUCAAGGGUGGGCAGUCAACAAGUUUUGCGUUUAGCCAGUGCGUUGCCAUGGAUCACAAUUUAUUUUGUUCCAAGGGGACGAGAGUUCUAGAACUAAGUGAGUUUUAGGAAGAGUUCUAGAAGCUUGUGGGGGAAAAUAUAGGAUCUAUUUGUUGUUUUAGGGGGGAAAGUGUUACAUUCUUUGGUUUUUCCAUUUAUGUUUUGAGGUUGGACGUUAUCACAUCUAGCUCGUUUAGCCAGUAUAGCUCGUUAGCACGUUGGGCGCACGGAUUGGUGUCACCUCGUUAGUCAGUAUGUGUUACACCUGUGCUGGCUUGUCCAUCUUGUUAGUGGGAAGGUUUUUCACCUGAGCUGGUCCAGGUUCUAUUUAAGAGUGUCUGACCCAGUGCUCCAGUUGUCUUGAUAGAUGUGGAGAGUCAACACCUUUAGUUGCUCCACCUUUUUGGUUUACUUCCUGUCGUUAAUGUCUUUAAGUUUGGUGUGGGUUUUUCUUUUGUUUGCCUCUUCUUGGGUAGAUUUAGUGGGUGUCAUGGUGGGUGUCUUUUAGGUCCCAGUUGUUACCAGUCAAUUUUCAAUCGAUGCCCCCGUAGUGUCUUUCAGAGCCCCUCCUAAAAAACAAGUUAUGUUUUGGGUUGGAUGUAGCAUCAUAUUGUUAAUUUUUUAAUCAAUGGCAUUUCCUUUGCAAUGCUCAUUAGUCUUUCAGUUGUUCUUCGUUUUUUUAUCCUCAAUAUUUCAGUUUAUUUUCAUUGUUUUCUCCUGUGAAGCCAUUGUGUUGCAUCCAUGUCUGAAAUGUGCUGCAUAAAUAAAGCUUGAUUUGAC